AUUACACAACGGACGCAAUAGAUGAUGAUGACGAUGAAGAUGAUGAUCGAGAUGACACUAUGUCUGCGGGAGAGUGCGAUCAAGAACCGGAGGGAAUGCAGCAGGAGGAAGACGAGCAAGAAGACGAAGUGGUUAGCAUGCGACGGUCUGCAACAGAGUCUGAACAAGAGUCUGAGCAAGAUUCUGAUCCAGAAUCGGAGAUGGGAGGAUGUGAUAUGAACGCUGUGGAAGGCUUCGAACUGGGGGACACGGAAGAGAAAUCCAGAGACGGGAGGCUAAUUUCUCCCCGUAGAGCUGUGGGGUACCCUGGUAGUGAUCGGGCGCUAGUUCCAGGUAUGGACUGGUACGCAAAUCUCAUGGAACUAGCGGUAUUCUAUGUGCGAAGAGAUGGACUUGAAACUAUCUCCUUGGCUCUGCGUGAAAUAUCAGAGGCUCUUCCUGAUAUGUUUCCGACCUCUGGGGCUAAUAAAACACCGGUGAAUGACAGA